GAGAGUGGAAAAGGAAAAGUCAAAGCAGAACGUAUACAGGUGUAAACCGGGAAGUAACAAGUAAGCAAUAUCGGACUGUGUAAUUAUUACACAACAGCCUCCACCCAUCAACAGUGAUAACUGAUUUGUGCUAAACGAUUGGUUCUGUUACACGUGACGACCCUUCACUGCGUCAGUGAUCGUUUUUAUUAUAAAAUGGGUGCCCAUGUCUCGAGAACAGAUUUUGAGUGGUCGACUUCUGAUGAACCCCAUGCAUCCAGAAGGAAAGAAAUUCUUGAGAAAUACCCCCAGAUAAAAAAACUCUUUGGAUCUGACCCAAAUUUCAAAUGGAUUGUAAGUGUGAUGAUCACAGUCCAAAUGGCUAUGAUAUUUAUUGUUCCAAGAUUUCCAUGGCCUCUGGUGAUUGGCUUGGCUUAUUGUUUUGGUGGAGUCAUUAAUCAUUCUCUAAUGCUGGCCAUACACGAAAUCUCACACAAUUUGGCAUUCGGGCACGCCCGUCCAAUGGCUAACCGGAUCUUGGGAAUGAUUGCCAAUCUACCAAUCGGUAUACCGUUUUCGGUUUCAUUCAAGAAAUAUCAUCUUGAACACCACAGGUAUCAAGGAGAUGAAGAUCUUGAUGCCGAUAUUCCCACAAGUCUUGAAGCUAAGUUAUUUUGCACCACAUUCGGCAAAGUCGUCUGGAUGUUCUUGCAGCCCCUCUUUUACGCCUUUCGUCCCCUCUUUGUUCGUCCUCUACCGCCGAGCAUGACAGAGAUAAUUAACGUCAUUAUACAACUUUCUUUUGAUUUUACCGUCUUUUACUUCUUGGGUACGAAGGCAUUGGUGUAUCUACUCGCUGGUUCUCUUCUAGCCAUGGGCAUUCACCCUGUUGCUGGCCAUUUCAUAUCGGAACACUACAUGUUCGCCAAAGGUUUUGAAACGUAUUCGUAUUAUGGACCUCUGAACUGGAUUACGUUCAACGUUGGCUAUCACAACGAACACCACGACUUCCCGGCUGUGCCGGGUUCGCGUUUGCCGCAGGUCAAGGCCAUUGCUCCAGAGUACUAUGAGAAUCUGCCUCAUCAUAAUUCGUGGGUUAAAGUUCUGUAUGAUUUCAUCAUGGACCCUGCUAUUGGACCUUAUGCUCGAGUCAAACGCCGCAGUAAAGUUUCGAAGGAGGAAUAAUGCGUCAACCCCGUUGAGGAACUAGGCUCUCCAAGACUUCGUCAGGCGCUUUCCAUCUUUGCAGUUUGUACAAUCUCGCAAAUUGUUGUCUAAACACAAUUUGGCCUAGAGCUUGGUCCCGCGCAAAUGAAUGUCUUAUUGAGCCGUGGCCAGUGUCUGUAAAAGGGAGUAUUUUUGAACCGUUGUCUCCUAGGACCUUCUUUUCUUGUCUUCAUCCAUGUUGAAAAUGUUUAUAGUCUUCUUUUGGAGUGCUCCUUCUUGAGCAUUUUUCUGCGCUGUUUCGUUCGUCCUAUCGGGAAUUCAUAAUGCCUUUAUCUGUGACCUUUUGGAUCUGGAAACAGAAUUUGUUGUCUUGUGUAAUUGUUUAAUGUGCUCUGAGCAUUGGCGGCUGACAGCCCGACUGGUUUUUCUUAGAAGACGUCGUUGUACAAAGAUUUGAUCGGUUCAAAAAGACUGAACCGAGUAAUGGACCAUGCAAGAAGAAGAAAAAAUGAAAAGUAAUUCACAUUGAUAACCAGAGAUUAGCAUAAAAUAUCCAAAUUGUGUUACGGGAAUCUCGUCUAGCCUUGCAAAACUGCGUCACUGCCACCGCCUUCUUUUUUCAGCCUGUUACAACAGUCUGAUGUAUUUAACCAACAUAAUAGAACACAUCUAAUCUAGUUCAGAGUAUCGAUCAUGCGCUUGUCUCCCCUUGGUGUCAACCCGCAAAGCGCGUAUACUUAUCAUUUCCGUUUGUGAUGUGCGGCACCCUUAGAUCCAACCGCCCACUUCCCCCCCCCCCCAACAUUUUCAACACCCUGGGUGAGUGCCGCGUAGGUGUGUUUUUUUUCUCAUCUUUUUUUCUCUAAUCCUUCGUUCCCGCCUUCGCCCGAAGGGGCCAACAGCGCAAGUCUGUAGUUUGUGUCUUUUCUUAUGCCUAUACGUGCGUGUGUGUGUUUUGGUAUUCUAAGCACCCGGAGACCAAUACACAUCAGUUAUAACUU